GUAACCUCACAAUCAGCUGUCAAAUUCCACCAUAAUAACAAAGAUUUGGUUUCGAUUAUUUUAAACAAGUAAUUUAGUUUAAAUAUAAAUCAAAAUGAAGAAAUCACCUGUCGUAAAGCGUGGCAUAAUGGGUUUCUUUCAAACACCAACUGGACGAAAUGUGGUACUAUAUGCCACAGGUGCCACCACCUUGGGACUGUUCGUAGUCAAUUUUAUGCCGCAUACAAUAUGUUUGAAAUACUACAAGGAUUUCGUGCAAUGCUAUCAGAAUGGUAUACCACGUCCGGUGACCGAAAAGGUGAAGGAACGUUUGGAAAAGGCAUUGGACGUACUUCAGGUGGAAGCAUAUGAACGCAAAAUUAUCAAACCAUUCACCGUUUUUGGUUUUGAUCUGUUCCAAGCCGGUUCAACAAAGUAUCGUUUUGGCGGUGCGCUAGGAAUUCCGGUGAAUUAUGCAUAUUCAGACCCAAAAGAUAUAAAUCGGCAAGAUAUACGCUUUCGCGAUCAAACUAUAGAUUGGAACACAGACGCCGGAAAACUCUUGCAAGAUGCCAUAGUUUUGACAGAAGAUGAGCAACUAUUUGGAUUGUGUAAAUCUGUGCUACAACUACAAACACAUCGAGUUCUAUUGAAUUCAUUAUUUCCAAGCAUUUCAUUUCUAACCAUGUAUACGAUUGGUCAUUACUUGAAUUUACGAAUGAACUUGCUUGCAGGACCUUUCAGCUUGCGACUGGUGAUGUAUACGAUAUUGGGAUUGUUUGGUGUUGGUAGUUGGUCUUUUAUGAAAGACUUCAAUCAAGUUCGUUAUGAUACUGAAAUUGACAAGAAAUUGUGCAACUUGGGACCGCAAUACGUAGAAGCAGGUGCGAGUUACUACGGAAAGCUUUUGAAGAAAAAUAUGGCACUGCGAGAAUUAAUUGGUGACGACACAUACUCAGCUAGGGGCAAUGUGAAUUACUUCCUCCGUCAAAAAUCCCUACCAUUGACUGUGCACAAAUCUUAUUUCGAAGAGAAACUGCAGGAGUUGCGACAAAAAACACAAACACCAACAGAAAUGCAAAACUAAACUCAUUUCGAUCUAUAUUAGCGGUUAUUUAAUUUUAAAAAUAAUAUGAGUAAAAUAAGAAGUCAAUUUGUUUACACUUUUAAUGAUUAAAGUACUAAACUGAA